AUGGAGUGCCUAGAAGUAAAGGGCAGGCGAGACAAACCAUCGCAGCAAUGGUCGAAUGACACUGAUGAUGACUCGACAUAUGCAGAUUCUACACCGAAACGGGAAAGUGUCAGAUCUACGCUAGCAAACAGUUGCAGUGUAAACAAGGCAACAACAAAAGUGGCCGAUGGCGACUUUUUUUCAUCUGAAGACGAUAAUAAGGGAAGAAAAUCUGACAGGAACAGAAAACGGAAAGCGUCCGGAGAAGAAAAUACGAGAAAGUCAUUCGGGGGACAUGCAAACAAACAAAACGACUGUUAUCCUGAUGGCUCUGAUGACGUCUGUGAAAAAGAGUCCGUUGAAAAGUUUACGCCAAGACAGGAAAGUUCCACACCUCUACCCUACAAAAGUAACACAAGUGCCGUAUGUGGAGGCGCGAUGCGGGAAACAAAUGACGACGAUUCUCCAUCUGAAGACGAGAAUAAGAAAAAGAAACGAGCUAGAGGGAAGAAGGGACAUGGAAAAAAAACUGUAGGACAACCAAAAAGGAGACGUGCAGACGAGCAACGAAAGAAGAGCACAGAAGCAGAUGAUGACUUGUCUUCAUCUGAAGACGACAUUAAGAACAAGAAACGAGACAGUGCAAGACAACCACCUCUUGGACGCACAGACGAGAAACGGAAUUACAACACAGGUGACCACGCAUCAAGGGAUUCGUCAUCCUCAGAGGAAAAGAAAUACUUUUUCAAUGAUGAAUCCGCUUUACAAUUUGAGGCGUACCACGGAGGUAUCCAUUUUCUUCCUACCUUUGCGAAGGCACAUGUAGAUAAAGUCAAGCCACUACAUGUUGCGGCAUCGUUAGGACUUAAACGGAACGUUUCCUACAUAAUGGAGGCAGGUUGGGACUUGGAUGAAAAAGAUCAAAGUGGUCAAACGCCAAUACAGAUGGCUGAAAAUCAAGUGCUGUCGGGAUAUAUGCAAAGAUAUAAAUUUCCACAGGAAAGCGAGACAUUUGAUUUUCAACCUCAAGGUGAUAAUACACAUUACCAAGAUGGAGUGUUGCCCAUCUUCAUGGAGAAGGUUGAUUUAUCCACGAGAAUGGUCUUCUUACCUUCGUUUCAGUUCCGGAUGACUUUACAAAGGGGGCAACAUCAGCAACUGUUGUUUACAUUACCCUACACCACCACCUACACGACUGUCUGUCUACAACAGGCGUUUGGAGUGUUAUGGGUGCUUGGCCAAUAUGGGAAAGACGUGUUUGAAUGUUUGAAUCACAUAUGUCUAUCAGACUGGAGUAUUCAAUCAUUCCGUGACGUCAGUACAGGAAAACUUGAUGUAACAGCCUGGUUGAGAAACAACGAGCGACAACAGCAACACAGCCAACGGCAGCAGCAACACACGGAAAUUCGCGCUCCAGACGACUGGAUUCAGAAAAUAGUGACACAGCAAAUUGAAAGUUUCAUAUCAGAGCUAAAGAGAGGAAUUGAACUUCUUGAUGAUGGCUGGACACCAAUGCAUUACGCUAUUUUGACACGUCAACAUAACUUGAUUAAAAUUCUCCUUGAUAAUGACAGGGGCAAUUUGGAAACUAGAACCAGAACAUUACUACCACGUUUCAUUCUAGAGAAACUAAAACAUCGGUGUCGUUUUGAGUAUGAUUACGUGUACAGACAUACCGAAGGUUUCACUCCUCUCCUGCUUUCAACAUUUCUCGGAGAUAAGGAAGCAAUAGACAUUAUCGGAAAACGGAUCACAGAAAGCCUUGGCAUGGGAGAUUGCUUGACGUUGGCAUAUGGUGAUGACACUGAGAAAAAUUUGCUGAACAUUCUGUGUCGUUUAGGAGAACGUCAUGUUCAAAAUAAGUUCAACUUGAAAGUUAAACUUCAUUCUGUCUACGAAAAACAUUCCCCAAACCGACGAGUCUUGAUCGGUUCAUCAGAUAAUAUCUAUCGUAGAAUUGAAGAAGAUUUCAAUCCUGUAAGACUUGUUCUAGACAACGAAAACAUCGUCCGAGAGACUCUUGAACCAACAUCAAAAAAUGUUUCAACCGACGAAACAAUCUUCCUCAACAAAUUGAUAUGUCUUCACGCAGAUGAGCUCUGGAGAAGAAACAGUAAUCUCAAUGCAAUUGUCCCGGGAAUGCCAAAUGACGAUAGUGACAAUGACGACGUCAUGGUGGUCUUACAUUGCAGUCACAAAGGCUUCAUCCAUACAGGUGAACUGCCCUUCAAGUCAUGCCUUAACAGUGAUGGAAAAUGUGUCCGUGUGCUUGUAAUACAGGGAUUUUUCAGACUAGGGCCGUUCAGUAGCAAUACCCAGUCAGUCGCCUCAAGACCAGAGGCUGUUAAGAUACAAGUUGGCUAUAAGGUGAAAUACAUGAACGAUGAUAUGAUGGCUACUCUAGGUGUGAUGGUUGAGGAUGAUGGUGGAGAUAUCGGAAUACUGACAUGUGCUCAUACAUUUAUUGGUAAAGACAUGGAAAAGCCCGGAUUUUCGCGCAAGAUCGAUGAGUUAUAUGACGGUACACGUCCAUACACAGUUGAAGUUUUUUUACGAAAGCCUGAACUUUUGGUGUCACGUCACCAGGAUACGGACAUGGAUGUCGAGGAAGCAAGGUAA